UAUAUGUGUAGUAUCAGAGGUACUAUGUAUAUACAAAUUAACAUGAAUGAGGUUACAUUUCAAUGUAUCGAUCGAUUGUUUGUACCGACUACUUGUGUCGUUUACGUUUCUAGUGACAUUUGGAAUAUUUUGGACAUUUUCGAUCGUGAUCACGGACGGGUGUUGUAAAUGAAUAAGCGGAUUCAAAAACAGGUGUCGCAUUAUUUAAGAGAGACAGAAAAUGGAUUAUUUCGUUGGAGAAAUAUUUGAAAUUCCUUAUUUUAAAACAGUAUGGAGUACUAUCGCAUCCGUUGGAUGGUAUAUAAUUGGAAUUACAAUCUGCAUUUGGUGGGCAUCUCCGUAUAUUUUGGAAAAAUAUGCGAAUUGGAAGUUGAAAAAGAAUGAACAGGAAUAUGCAGCAAAAUAUCAUAAGAAUCCAGAUCUAUUGCGAGAAAGACUCUCAGGUUUAGAAGCUUCACGACAAAAAAUGCAAGAAGAAUAUUAUCAGAAAUGUAUGUUAGCAGAACAGGAAAGGAUAGAGCAGAAAGGAAAUGCAAAAGGAAUACCAAAAUUAAUCUUAGACAAUAAUGUCAUAGGCGAUAGACUAGGAAAGAAGAACAACGAUUCACCACCUUUUACAGAGAAGAAACACAAAUCUAUAAGAGAGGAAUACAAUCCAUUAAUGGGCGAUGGUUCUAGAGGAUAUCGACCCCCUAAGCGCACUUGUUGCGGAAAGGGUAGUUGCGGAUAAUUACAUAUUUGCUCACGAGGUCUUUGCCAUGAUGCUGAACUACUCUUUUCUACGCAUACGUACGUACGUAGGUACGUACGCACGCGCGCGCGCGCGCGCACGCACACACACACACACAAAAAUAUUGGCUUUAUGCGCGGACAUGAUGAUAAGGUGAGUUGUGUUUCUUUCUUAUCCUUUCUGUGCCUAAGAAUUGAUACGCAAGAUCUAUGAACGCAUCCUAUAAUGCCAUUGUCACACGCUCAAGAAGGCCACCCGUUCAGAAACAGUAAUCAGGUCGACGAAACAUCUUGCAUGCCACAGCUAUCGAAAUAAUAACCAAACAGUAACGGAAUAGCCGUCUCUGAUAUACAUCCGACGAUAAUCCUUCCAAAGGGAUUAAAACUUCAAUAUAAAAACCCUGCUAAAUUAGCGCUCAAGACGUUAUUCUGUUCUAACACUUUGAACCGUCAUUCUGUUGAAUCUAUAUAAUAAAAAUUCCAUUAUCACAUA